UUACAAACAAGCAACUGAGCAUUACAAAGAACGAAUGUCUGUUUUCAUCUUAACCGGGUGAUAAAUAAUGUCUUCUCGAAGCAAAUUCGCAUGUUUUGUUACAUAAAAAAAGAAAGAAAACAUACACAGUGGUAACCAGGAAACACAUUGUGAAAUAUUCGAAGGAAUUAGAAACGGUACUUUAGAUGUUGCACAAUCUUAUCAUCCAGUACAAAAUAUCACAUACUUUACAGAAUAUUUAAUUUAGUAGCUACGCAUUUCUAUUUACCCGACCGGUAACCUGAAUGUAACCAUCGGCAGUCGAACACUACAUAUCCCAGUGAGCUAAUGGGUCCGUAUCCAGGAAGUUGACCCCGGUUGCCAAGUAAACUUUUCUCUGUUCAGACGGGCUGCAAAAUGUAUUGACAGGACUAGUCCUUGCUUCAGAUAGCUCUGAGAAAUGAGUGUGUGCCAAGACUCUGUAGUCCAGGAGGUUCGGCCAGGUACAGCCCGGGUUCAGGUGACUGAGCUGAGCGGUUCAGGGUGCAUCAACCCAACUCCAGUCCCUAAACCACAUGAAGACCCUGACAAAGCAAUGGAGCCUUACCUUUCUCGAGGGAGAUUGGAACUGCUGUGUGGAACUCAUGACCUCUCUCAUGUGAACUAUCUGGAGGUCUGUGUGGACACCCAAGAAGAUACACUGGGCAACUUUGGUGCUUACCUGCCCAGAUUAGAGCAGCUGAAAAUGAACAACAGCUUGAUCACAUCACUGAGAGACCUGGGAACCACCCUGUCCCACCUGCAGGUGCUUUGGAUGUCUCGCUGCUGCCUUCAGGACCUAAAUGGCAUUUCCACUUUAAGUUCUCUUCAGGAGCUCUACCUAGCCUAUAACAAUGUGUCCGACCUAAGUCAGGUUGCUAUGCUGGAGAACCUGCAGCUGUUAGAUUUGGAAGGGAACUUGGUGGACGACCUUAUCCAGAUUCAAUAUCUGGGUUUGUGUCCCAAUCUUCAUACUCUCUCCCUGGAAGGGAACCCUGUGUGUGCACACCCUAACCCUACUUCCCUUCAGGUUGAAGAGUAUAAUUACAGAGCCGCAGUGAGGGAGUUGGUCCCUCAGUUGCGUUACCUAGAUGAUGUGAAGGUGGAGGAGGACAGGGUGACCUGCUGCAGCACCGCCAGGGAACACUGGGACAUUCCCAGAGUUUCUAUGCAAGAGUCCAACUCCUCUGAGGCUACUGAGAAAACAGCAGCCCAUCCACGUCUCUAUAGUACACAAACCUCUCCAAGUCACCCGUCUACUAGUCCUUCAGGUGCCAGACCUAUAUCAUCUGCAAGCACUAAAACCAUAUUGGCGACCAGGCAUGGAGAUCUUUCCCCUCCCAGAUCAAGACCAGCAUCUUCAGGCUCUGAUCUAUCAGCAGUGGAAGCAGAGACGAGCACCCUUACUCACGGAGCUGGCAAGAUCCUGUUUUGUGGAAAUCCUGUGCAGGCUGUUCGAGCAAGGAGGGAAAGGUUGAAGACGGCACCAACCAGAUCCACUUUGACCCCUCGUGACCUUCCCAUCCAUAUGCUGCAACACACAUAUGACCUGGAGGAGCCCGAUCCUGGAGAGCGUGUUAAUGUGUUUGCAGAGCUGAGAGCCUGGAGGGAAAAGUACAGCAAACGUCUAGACAUCGUAGAGAAAGAACGAUUACCGCAGAUCCUGACUAUUCAACACUCCGGUGAAGAAGAGACACAUAGUGAGGAGGAAGAGGAAGGCAUUGGUGGUAUGAAGGCCAACAGUAGCGAUGAAGAACAAGAAGACAAACUUUGUGACAGCGUUGACACUGGCUCACCAGAUUCCUCAUUUCAGUCUCUUUCCCCAGACCUGAACCAACAAGAAGCCUUUCCUCCCAACACAGCCCGACUCUCCCUGUCUCCAGACACCACACUUUCUCCUUCUCCUCCUCUUCACGCCACUGCAGCUCCUGCUAAGAUGCCAGGCAUUCGUGCACGCAGACUCGGUCUUCCCCACCUCCACUCGGAACAGAUCAGCAGAAAAGGUUUGGCCCUUCGAACAAAGGCAACUGCAGCAGAGAUGGACCUGACAUCUGAGAGACUCCAGCAUUUGGCAAGGACCACUUACUUACCCCAACCACCUCCAAAGAGUGAAGGACCAUUGAUUUCAAGUUCGGAUGCGGACAUGUACAGUCUACCUUUGCUCAACAAGAAAAAGAUGUCAAAAGUCCCAGAGAGACCGAUGAUAUCCCGCCCUCACACUGCUGAAGCAGCUCUGCAGAAACAUCACCAGCACCAUCUACUGCACCCCUGCAGAGGGAGCUCACACCUGGACUGACGCCAGACUGCCCUGUCUUUUUGGCAUCAGGCUUCCUCAUCUAUUUUUAUUUUUUUCAGUUUGCACAUCCUUUAUGCAGCUCUGGUCGAUUUAUAGUUGCUCAUAACCGCAAAUGGAAGCAAAGCAGAAAAGAAACGCAGAAGGGAGGAGUUCAGUAAACAUACUUU